AUGGAAGAGUUACUGAGUGCAUGGGGCUAUGAAGACCUCAUAGAAUCGUUUAAAGAAAAUGACUUGAAUAUAAAUAACAUCUUUGAGUUAACGGAGCCAUUAAUUAAAGAACUGAUACCAUCAAUUGGUAAAAGAAUGGCUUUCCUGCAAAAAUUUAACUCUGCAAAGGAAUUGAUGUUAUUGGAAGUUGUAAACAUAGAAAAUAGACCUCCGAGUCCGUCGACGACUAAUAAUAAUAGUGAAGUUUCAUCAGCCAUAAAUACGAAUAGUACAACUAGUAUAGUUUCGGUGGAUGGAGGAAGUACUAGUACUAGUAAUAAUAAUAGUGAAGACUAUUUUAUAAUUCCCGAAGACAACACUCGCAUGGCUUUUUGCAACAUAGUGGAUGCACUUACAAACAACUUAUUUCCUGAUUUUCAUUUGGGAACCUUAUUGGAGACUUCUCCCCUUGGGAAAUCUAUUUUAAAAUAUUAUGAAUGUAACCAGACCUUGGACCACACUCACCGUAGCCGUCUUGUCGAUAUUAUUGUUAAGCAUAUAUUCAAUUUUAUCGUAAAAAAUCGCCUUAAACACGAUGACUUCAACCGAAUUACUUCUAAAAUUAUCGAUCUCUUUCCAAAAGAAUGUCCUUCCACUUACUACAUACCAGCUAUACCUAAAAGACAUUCCAACGUUGGAAAACCAAUACUAGCAAAAGGAAGGUUGGUGGAUAAAGUUAGAAAUCUAUUACAUAGGAGUGGUGAAGGUUCACAGUUACGGAAAAAGAAAGGAGCGGAAGAUCUACCGUCAGCUGAUGCUAAAAGACGCACAGUGGAAUGUAGCAAUGAAGAUGCAGAGAGAGCAUGCUUGUGGUUGAAAAAUAGACAAGAACCUUGGGAUGAGGUGAUCGAAAACUGGACAAAAACUCAUGACUUCCGGCACUGUGACAAAAAUGCAAAGACAGUAGCAGAUUUCCUGAAACAAUGGCCAAUAUUAAAUUCCCAAUCGUCACAGGGAUUGAUCGAUAUAGAUUUCGAUCUAUUAUAUCCAAAUUGUGGGUUAAAAUUGGUUACCAAUUGGAAGCAUUUUUUUGAAACUGUUAAGAGAUUAAGACACAAAAAUAUCAGAGAUGAGACUCCGUUACUUCUCCUUAACCAUUUACAAGAGCUAGGAGAGGAUCAUUGUGACAAUAUUGAAGCAGUUCAGCUCUAUUUACUUUCCUAUAUGAUUCCACCUAAGGGGCGUCUAUGCUUAGAAAAUAAAAAGCACUGGAAGUUUUCGUCGCAGGAGAGCUGCGAUAGCCUUAUUAUACACGCAAAGGUUAAUUGUGGUGACAUAGAGAGACUUAUGAACGCCCAAAAAGAGAAGGCCAAAGCGAAAAAACUCACUCUACAGCCAUAUGUACUUAUCGAAGGACCAACAUUAUGGGAAAUAAGCAACUGUUACAUUGUCAUAGAUGAUCUUAAAUACCAGGUGCCAACCGCUAUGAAAGCGAUAGACCUUUGCUUCAAAGUGUUCCAUGUGUUCCAUGCAAAGUACCCCCCUCAGUCUGAUCACAUUUGGACUUUGAUUCAAAAAGAAAGCGAUUGCAAAAGAUCUUUUCAUAGGCGAGGUGUUUUUAAAAAACACCUAUAUAAAGAACAUUCCUAUAUUUUAAAGAGUAAAAAUAUUUCCAAAAAAACGUUACAUUUUUCUGAAACUGAUGUUAACAGUCCCUCAUCUACAAACGACUUAACUAAUAGCCCGAGUAGCAGUGAUCAUAAACAGGAACCACAGUAUGACAGCAGUGUUCAUAUUUUUGAUAAUGUGAAUGCUUCUGAUCUAGUUAAUAAACUGGAAACUAUAUUAAAGAAAUCUGCGGAAGAUUUAGUAUCGAAAUUAUAUAAUAAUUUAUCCCUAACCCGAUCUACUGUUGAUACAGUAAUACAGUAUUUCAUUGCGUUUCUGAAUAGUGGCGUGUUCAACAUCGCAAAUGAGUUAAUAUGCAAUCUAAAUAAACAACCAGAUUCUAAGCUCAGUAAUACACUUCAUUCCCCAGUACUGAAUAUUUUCGAAAAAAUUGAAAAUUGUUUUUCGUUUUUAAGUACUGAAUAUAAGAGGUUUAAAUAUUUUAAUUCUUGUGGAAAAUUUAUAAAACCUAUACAGUGUCCUAUAGGUACAUCUACAGAAGAAAGCAGAAAGCAGGGGACUGUUUCGUUAAUUUUAAAAGAAAUAUUUAGCGUAUUCAUACCAAUGCGAGCAGUUCUAAAAGAGUUUUUGGAGUUACCUUCUGUUUUAGAUAAAAUAUUAGACUAUCAAAAUAGUUUAGUAUCAACCAAAACCAACGAGGAUUGUAUGCUGAAUAUUGUGCAAGGGGACUUGUGUAAAGAUUUACGUUCCGAUAAAAAUAAAAUUAUUUUGCCAAUUAUUCUUUACUUUGAUGAUCUGGAGGUAUGUAACCCUCUAGGAAGCCACGCUGGUUACUACAAACUUGGCUCCGUGUAUUACACUAUAGCAACUAUACCCCCAGAAUUCUCUAGAAGACUGGAAAAUAUUUUUGUUGCACAGAUUUUUCACAGCAAUGAUCGAACACCGUUUGGAAAUUCAAAAGUAUUUAACUGUAUUAUUGAUGAAUUACUUUUCUUGCAAAACAAUGGUAUUCAAGUUAGUAAAAGCGAUAAAUCAUUAACACAAGUUCAUUUCACUCUUGUUUUAAUUAUAGGUGAUAAUUUAGGCGUUCAUUCGCUCCUUGGUUGUUCUGAGAGUUUCUCCGCAACAUAUUAUUGUCGAUUUUGUACUGGUGAAAAAUCUGAAUUGAAAGUUCAAACUUCGGAGAACCUUGCUUAUUUACGUCUAGAACCUGAUUACGCUAAUCAUUCAGAAAACAAAUUAUUUGGCAUUAAAGAGACAUGUAUUUGGCAUAGCUUGAAAAGUUUCCAUAUUUAUCGAAAUAUGACAUGCGAUAUAAUGCAUGAUCUUUUUGAGGGUGUGCAUAGAUAUGAUAUGGCUCAUAUAGUUUCAGCUUUGAUUGCCUCUAAUUUCUUUAGCCUUUCCACUCUAAAUUCAAAAAUUAAGUAUUUCUCAUAUCAUAAUGAUGAGAAAAAUCUGCCGCCUAAUAUUAAACAAGAACAUUUAAACAAUGGAAGUAUAGUUUUCUCGGCAGCAGAAAUGUUAACACUGGUUAGGAAUUUCCGAUUCAUUAUUGGUGACUUUGUUCCCGAAGGAAAUGAAAUUUGGGAUUUCUAUUUAAAAUUAUUAGAUAUAACAGAUUUAUUAACAUCUCAAACUAUUUCUAGUGGGGACGCAGACUAUUUGAAAUGUUUGAUAACAGAACAUCAUGAAAUGUAUCUGUCAUUAUUUGAGGACAACCUGAAACCUAAACACCAUUUUUUACUCCACUAUCAUAGAAUUUUGAAACUAGUUGGACCACUCUGCCAUAUAUCAUCAAUGCGAUUCGAAGCAAAACAUCGAGACUUGAAGACUAAUUCUAACAAUGUACGGAGCAGAAAAAAUUUACCUUUAACAUUGGCUUUGCGAAUACAACUCAAAAAUUGCUAUAGAUUUUUGUCUGGCACAGGACUUUCAAAUAUUAUAACUUAUGGUUCUGUUUAUGAAGAAAUAUUCGAUUUCUCUGAACACAAAGUUGAUGAAUUAAAAGACAAUGUAUUUUUUGUACCAUGGUAUGAAAAAAAUGGAAUUAAAUUUAAAUUGAAAGAUGUUAUUGUAGAGAGUAAUAUUGAUACAGAUAUUCCACAAUUUUCUGAAAUAUCACAAAUAAUGAUUGAUGUGAAUAAUUCGGAAAAAUGUUAUUUUGUUUGUAAAAAAUUAUUUAUCAUAAAAUACAGUCUACAUUACAAAGCCUAUAAAAUCAACUGCUCUUCUGAUAAAAGUAUUAUAUGUUUAGCAGACACUAUGUCUUUAUUCCCAACAAAAAUUCACACAUUAAGUACCGGAGAACUUUAUGUUUCAACGCCAAAAAUGUAA